AUGACUCCUUCCAACAACAUCGCCUAUACCGCCCCCAUCAACCCUCCGUUAGCGUCCCCCAAACUCACUCUCCCGCAAAUCUGGCAAGGUCUCGAGCUGAAGAUCCGGGCUGGACAGGACUUUGUCGGCGGUGCUCUCCUCUCCACGGACGUCAUCUCUGAGUCAACGGAUGACCAUGGCCGCCCCGUCACAGUGCGCGAGGUCGUCUUCAGAGACGGGAACAGGAGAGUGCGCGAGACCUGUGUGGCCUUCAAGGCGAUGAAGGUCGAGUUCCACCAGCCCGAUGGCUCCAAGGUGCAAAACAUCAUCUCCCAAGGGCAGGGCGCAGAAGGCGAGGAUCUGUACAUGACAUACACGUUUGAGUGGCUGCAUCCCGAGUGUGAAGGUGAUGUCAAGGCACUGGAAGAGAAGAAGCAGAAGGAGACCAAGAUAGCCAAGAUGGCGGUCGAGGAAACCAUAAGGGUCAUGAGAGACAUGGUCAAGGACGGCAGGAUCAAAUAG